UGGGGAUCCUGAAUGUCUGAGCAAAAUUUCACCAGAUAAAGAUGGAAGUGAUCCAAAGUGACUUUAGACAUGGCAGGAAAAUCUCUCUUUUACUUCAACCACACAACUGACAUUAGUUUGGCAAAAACCGUCGCUGUACUUGGAGGAAAAAAAUAAAAUAAUUGUCGACACGUAAUAACAGCGCCCUCUAACGGCCGGCGGCGGCGGAGCAGCGAUCGACGUUAGCUCAGAGAACAGUAGAAGAUGGAGCCGAUGUUCAGUCCGCCGCUUCACCGGCAGCGACACCAGUUUGUCAUCGACUUUGUGAAGCGGAACAAACCCCUGAAGGUGUUGGACCUGGGCUGCGGCGAGUGUAGCCUCCUGAAGCUGCUCAAGUUUCACCAUGGAAUUGACCUUCUGGUCGGACUCGACCUCGACGGGGCCAAGGUCAAGAAAAAGAUGCAUGCAUUAGCUCCCCUAUCAACGGACUAUCUGCAGCCCAGUUAUGAUCAGCUGCGCCUCGAGCUGUACCAGGGCUCCGUCACACAGAAAGACGCCCGCUUCAGAGGAUUUGAUCUGGUGACCAGCAUAGAACUCAUAGAGCACCUCACUCUCGCGGAUGUGGAGCGCUUCUCCGAGGUGGUGUUUGGUCACAUGACGCCGUUGGCCGUUAUCGUCAGCACCCCAAACUCUGAGUACAACCCCCAUCUCCCCGGACUGGAUGGCUUCAGGCACAGCGACCACAAGUUCGAGUGGACCAGAGCAGAGUUCAAAUCCUGGGCCCUGAAGGCGUGUGUGGAGUUCGGUUAUGAGGUGGAGUUCACUGGCGUUGGACGGGCGCCGCCAGGCCUGCAAGAGUGCGUCGGCUUCUGCUCUCAGAUCGGGGUCUUUCACCGGCUCGGGGGAAGAGGCGGCGGCAACGUGUCGCUCAAUGAUGGUGCAGAGGAAGUUUUUUUUCCGUAUACGCUGCUGUACAGUAUAAACUAUCCCAGCCUGCGCGACAACAACAUCUUGCGGAGGGUCCUGGUGAGCGAGGUGUUGUGUUGGACAGAAGAACUGAAGAGUAGAUGGAUGGAGGAGACGACUAAGAGGAAUGAGGGAGGAGGAAGUGGAGGAGGAGGAGAGGAGGAAGGUCUCUCCAACCAUGUACGGAGUGCAGAGAAGCUGACAGCGUGUGAAAUGGAGAUGAGAAAUCCAGUGUCAGAGGAUCAGGAGGAAGAGGAUGAAAGAGUAUUUUGGACCAAUGGCCAAAGACGACUAGAGUCCCGCACAUCGUACAGGCUGUGCUGGUUUUUGGAUGUUGUGGCACUGUGUUGUGGAUGUGGAUCACGUCGGCCUCACCUUUGUGUCUGUGCUGGCAGCAGGACUGUGUCUGUACCUCUGGACAUGCUGUGGUCCUGCUGUCCCAAAGUCAGAGCCCUGAGUGGAAGCGUGGGGAACCUCAGACGUCUGCUGAUGGAUGAACCCGAAGUCAAGCUGAACCCAGACGGUGACGCGGUGCUUGUAAAUCAUCAGGAACAAGACCUUGAAGAGGAGGAGGAGGAUCGUAAGGAUCUUGAGGACAGCGGGUUUGCAGAGACCAGGCAGAGCUCCGACUCACCUGAACAAAAGGAAGUCUGGGAGGAGAACGUCCCACCUGGAGGAUGCAGCUUUAAGUAGGUCACAUGUUCGGAUUGAACAAGGAAAAUUCGAAGUUAAGCAAAGUCAUUCCCUGACGGACAGUUUGCAGUGAAAACUUUGGCGUUUGGACUACAGCUUUUUUGUUUGAGUUAAAAAAAAAUGUCUUAAGGCAGAUAUUUGAAAAUAAAAUAUCCAUUGGCCUUUAAAAAAUGAGUACUGACUGAAAGCCACUUACACAAACCAAAUAAAAAAAAAUCACAAUACA